CUUUUUUUCAGUUAAUUUAAUAUAAUGUUAGAAAAAAUAGGGUAAGGAGAGAGGCGGAGUGUAGAACGAAACCCAGCAAAGAGCGCCUCACGUAGACACACACAGCCACAGGCCGUAACAGUCUCUCUGCUCAUUAGUGUCUAGAGAGAGACCCUGAGGAUCGAUGGGGAAGAAGAUGUAUAUGAAACAAGAUACAGAAUCCUCUCGGAUUUGGGGCCCCAAGUUUCUCAAGGACUUUCGCGCCUCCGGGAAAGAUGCUCACACCUUUGACAGCAGUCUUACAAAUAGCGACCGUGGCAUUAUUCAUCAGUUGUGCCGGCGGAUGGGUAUCCGAUCAAAGAGUACUGGGAGUGGGGAUCAAAGGUGUCUUACGAUUUAUAACAGAGUAGCUGGCUCUUCAGUUUCAGACAAGGCAAAAAGGCUGGACAAAACUGAUGGCCAGUGUGAGGUUGAAGGAGCUGGUUCUUCAGUUUCAGAUAGGGCAAAAAGGUUGAUCAGAAGGAAUAAGAAUAAACUUGGAGUUGAAGGAGGUGCCAGUAGAAAGAAGCUCAAAUGUGUCUCGUUUCCACCGGAGGCAAAACCUGUUCUGCAGGAGUUGUUUACUCUCUAUCCACCUUGUGACGGAGACACGACAGGGACGUCACUGGGCAUAUAUACUGGACACUUCGGCAACCGACGGAAAUGGAAAGAUGACUUCUUCGACAGAAAUCAGAUGAACAAAUCUUAUUUUCGAAAUAAGGCGGCUUCUCUGAGGUCUAAACUGGCUAACGAUAAAAGUUUGCGGGAGAUCUUUGAAGCACGAACAAAGCUUCCCAUCGCAUCUUUUAGAGAUGCCAUAACAUCUGCAGUGGAGUCCAAUCAGGUUGUUCUUAUUGCUGGUGAAACUGGUUGUGGGAAAACUACUCAGGUGCCUCAAUAUCUUCUAGAUCAUAUGUGGUAUAGUAAGCAAGAAUCUUGCAAAAUCAUUUGCACCCAACCACGUCGUAUCUCAGCUAUUUCAGUUUCUGAACGAAUUUCUUGGGAAAGAGGUGAAACUAUAGGGAACAACGUCGGCUACAAGGUGCGGCUGCAAAGUAAAGGUGGAAAACAUUCAUCAGUUGUUUUCUGCACGAAUGGCAUUCUGUUGAGGGUGCUUGUAGGCAAAGGCGGUGGUAGUUCUGUUCCUGAUAUAACUCACAUUAUUGUGGAUGAAAUCCAUGAAAGGGAUUGCUACUCUGAUUUCAUGUUGGCGAUUAUAAGGGACUUCCUUCCUUCAAACCCUCAUCUCCGACUGAUUCUAAUGAGUGCUACUCUUGAUGCUGAGAGGUUUUCCGGAUAUUUCGGAGGUUGCCCGGUUGUCCGAGUGCCCGGAUUCACCUAUCCAGUGAGAACCUUUUAUCUGGAAGAUGUGCUCUCUGUCGUGAAAUCAGACAAGAAUGAUCAUCUAAUUUCUAACGACUCAAACAUACGAGAUGUCAAGCGUGAUUUUAAAGAUGAAGAUAAAGUUGCCUUAGAUGAAGCAAUCGACUUGGCAUGGACAAAUAAUGAGUUUGAUGCCCUCAUAGAUCUAGUUGCUUCUGAAGGAAGUCAUGAGGUUUAUAAUUACCGGCAAUCAUCGACCUGGCUAACACCACUUAUGGUCUUUGCUGGGAAGGGCAGGGUUAGCGAUGUCUCUAAGCUCCUCUCACUUGGCGCUGACUGUAAAUUGGUGUCCAAAGAAGGUAUAACAGCAUUAGAAUUGGCCGAGAAAGAGAACCAAUUAGAAGCUGCUCAAAUAAUCAGGGAACAUGCGAAUAACUUCCAGUCCAAUUCGCAGCAAGCACAAGACCUACUUGAUAAGUAUAUGGCGACAAUCAAUUCAGAAGAAGUAGAUGUGGGUCUUAUAGCGCUUUUAAUGAAGAAAAUAUGCAGCGGUUCAAAAGAUGGUGCCGUUCUUGUUUUUCUACCUGGGUGGGAGGAAAUAAGUAAAACUAAAGAGAGUCUGCUUUCUAACCCCUAUUUUGCAGAUAGUGCGAAAUUCAACAUUAUAUGUCUUCACUCAAGGGUUCCAGUAGAUGAACAGCAGAUAGUUUUUAAACGCCCCCCUCAAGGCUGUCGCAAAAUCGUGCUUGCCACAAAUAUUGCUGAAUCAGCAGUUACUAUCGAUGAUGUGGUUUAUGUGAUAGAUAGUGGCCGGAUGAAGGAAAAGAGUUAUGAUCCCUAUAAUGAUGUGUCAACGCUCCAAUCUUCUUGGGUUUCAAAAGCAAAUGCAAAACAGCGGGAGGGUCGAGCAGGCCGGUGCCAACCUGGCAUUUGUUAUCAUCUCUAUUCUAAACUCCGGUCGGCCUCAUUGCCUGAAUAUAGAAUUCCUGAAGUUAGGAGGAUGCCAGUAGAUGAACUCUGCUUGCAGGUUAAGAUGCUGGAUCCGAGUUGCAACGUUAAUGUUUUCCUUCAGAAGUUAAUGGACCCGCCUUUGGAUCAAAGCAUUGCAAAUGCCUUAGCCACCCUUAAGGACAUUGGAGUUUUGACACCUCAAGAGGAGCUAACAGAACUUGGACAGAAGUUUGGUCAGCUCCCAGUUCACCCUCGGAUUAGCAAGAUGCUCUACUUCGCCCUAUUAGUGAACUGUUUGGAGCCAGCAAUUAUUCUGGCAUGUUCAGCCGACACCAAGGAUCCGUUUACCAUGCCCUUGUGGCCAGGUGAAAGGAAAAAAGCCGUUGCCGCAAAACUUGAACUUGCAUCGCUUUAUGGAGGCCACUGUGAUCAUCUUGCGACUGUUGCGGCUUUUCACUGCUGGAAAGAUGCAAAAAGAAAUGGUCGAUCUAAGGAGUUUUGUUCUCAGUACUUCGUCUCCUCAAAUGCCAUGAAGAUGCUGGAUAAUAUGCGUGGCAAGCUUCAUGGGGAACUUGAAAGACAUGGGCUCAUCUCUAGCAAUGACUCAAAAUGUAGUCUGAAUGCUAACGAUCCGGGUAUUCUCCGUGCUGUUCUAGCUGUAGGAUUGUACCCUAUGGUGGGAAGAAUGUGCCCGCCUUCCAUGAAUAAUAGAAGGUCUCUGGUAGAGACUAUUACUGGAGCCAAAGUUCGCGUGCUCUCGCUAUCAAACAAUUUCAACCCGUCCUCUAGCAAAGAUGAUGAAGCUUUAAUCGUUUUCGAUGAGAUCACUCGAGGUGAUUGGGACGUGCACAUAAGAAAAAGCACUGCUCUUCCCACUAUACCGUUGUUACUGUUUUCAGGAGAGAUAGCUGUGGCUCCUACGGAGAGCUGUGAUGCUGAUAAGAGUGAUGACGAGGAAGACCACGAAGUAGAAAUUGUAGGAGACGUGAUGGAUGUAGCUAAAGCAGGUGUUAGUAGGCCUGGAGAGAAAGUAAUGCUUGCACCGGAAAAUUCAGUCAAGGUGGUAGUGGAUCGGUGGCUGCCUUUCAAGAUUACAGCUUUUGAAAUUGCUCAAAUGUACAUCUUGAGAGAGCGACUAAUGGCAUCCAUUUUGUUCAAGGUAAAACGUCCUCAACAAAAUUUGCCGCCUCAUCUGGGAGCGUCUAUGUAUGCAAUAGCUUGUAUUCUCUCAUAUGAUGGCCUCUCAAAACCUUCUGUUCCAACUGUUUCUGUGGAACCUAUUGCCUCAGUGAUUGAUACAACUGGUCUCAGAGAUGACAUACCCAGUGGGAUUCAGGAGAAGGACCCGAACACUACUCCAAUGGGGUCAAACCACGAAUCAGCCAACACGUCAGGUUUGGGUAACAUGGGAGAGAGCUUGUCUUCCGAUUUCGCUAUUGGGAAUGAGCAACGUGAUUCAAACACUGCUCCAUUGGAAGUUGCAGCGGCUCAGAAGCAGUCAAGGUCCAAAAAGCGAAAAGCAGCCAACAAAUUGGAUUUGGACAUGGAAGAGAAGAAGCCUUCUGAUCUGGCUAAUGGGAAUCAACAAACAGAGAUUAAGUCAGCCAACCAAUCGGAUCCAGGUAACAUUGAAGAGAGCCCACCUUCCAAUCUUGCCAUUGGGAAUAAGCAACCUGACCCAAACACUGCUCCAAUGGAAGCUGCUUCAGUGGCUAAGCAACCAGAAAAGAAGCAAUCAAGAUCCAAAAGGCGCAAAUUAGCUAACAACUUGGUGGAAGAGAACGUGUCAUGCACUAAUGAGAAUGAGCAACCUUUAGACGAUGGUAUUACCGUAGCUACAUGAAUGGCAAGCAAUAGAACAAUGAUGUGCAAGCCAGGUUUAAUUGAGGAGAAAGAGAGCAUGUCAAGAGCAAAGAGUAACCUGACCCAAACAGUGCUCCAGCUAAAGCUGCAUCAAUGGAGAGAAACAAUUAGGAAACAAAGUCGAUAGUGAAAGCCAAGAGCAAAGACAAAGCAGAAGUGAAGUUUUGAUGCCAUUUUGAAAUCUCAACAAUUUUGUUAGACUAAUGUUAUUCACGAUUACUUGUUAAUUUAGAUAGAUAUUUUGCUACCGAGACACCUUCACUUAGGGCUUUUGUUGUUACUUGAAACAUAAUUUUUGCAUCCUUAAAUUAAAUUUUCGCAUCCUUAUAUUAUAUGCAUGUAACUGAAAGCGGCAUAAUC